UUUAGUUCUUGGAUUUGUGAGUUUCGAUUCGGUUUCUUGUUGGCGAUGCAUGGAUCUACUGUAUGUGCUAAAUCUUUUUUCUCGGAAGUGAAGUGAUUGAUUGACUUGUGAUUUUGCGUUUUCGGGGAAUUAUUUUUCAUCGUUGUUGCACAUGAAUAACUUCUAUGGUGGAUCGAAGUGCUUGAACUCUGACUUGAUUAUCUGAUGAGUGAAAUUCUGUUAGGUUGAAAAUUUAUUCAUCGUCCUAAGUAAUUAACCAAAUCCUGACCUUACUAGGACCACCUGUUCUGUUCUUAGAUAGUUAUUUGAAUAGGAAGCAUGGCCUUAGUUUCUGGAAGGAGGUCAACUCUGAAUCCAAACGCUGCACCUUUUGUUCCUGCGUCUGUACGCCAAGUGGAGGACUUCUCACCAGAAUGGUGGGACUUGGCAACCAACUCAACAUGGUUCCAUGAUUACUGGGUAGGCCAGAAGGAGGGAUCAGAAUAUGGCAGCAAUGAGGCUGGAUUUGGCAAUGAUGAUAUUGCUGAUUUGCUGCCAGAUAACAUUGAUCUUGAUGUUGAUGAGGACAUUUUGAACAUGGAAGAUCAAUAUGAAGAAUUUCUCCAAUCAAUUGAAACAGGGCAAGGAAACAAUCCUUUUGUCAACAGCAUCAACGGAAUGUCAGAAUCAGGUUACCUCUCUACCUCUCUUGGUUCCGCAAAGCGUCCUGAUGCAUUGGUUAAAAGUCUGAGCUUGCCAAAGGAGAGAGGUCCAAAAUCCCUUGUGCCACCCAGGUACUAUGAGAAGCCAGCAAAGGUUGUUAGCCCGAGAUGCUGCCUUCGCCGCAUCCAACAGCCUCGCUGAAUGUUUUCCUAGCAGGAGUCGCUUUAUGUCUGCAGUCUUAAUUUGCAAUUACUCUUGGUGGAGCAGUUUGAGUCUUUGUAAUUAGUUUCUUGUAGCUUCUGUGUAGAGCAAGGUAGGUUGCCGCUGUUGUAUCUAGCCUUGUUCAUAUCCGAACAUUGUGCUUUGUUCAGUUCGACGAAAACUCCACAAACUGGAAAAGAUGCAGAAAUCUGUCCAGAAAAAAAAUGUAAAGAGUCUAGUUGUCUUUUUGUUGAUAUUGAAGGCAAAAUGUUGAUCAAUCUGCGACUA